UACCGAUCCUUGGAUUAAAGACCUGGAAAAAAUACUUUAAAUGUGUGAACAAAGGAACAGUUUGAGGGACACAUUAUUAUCUUGAUCAUUUUAGAAACAGCUAAAUCCUAUGAAUGUCGGCAUCCAAAUGGAAGAGACCAUUAGCAAUUGUCUGCAAACUGGGCUGUACAGCUGAAUGGCCAAGGAGACUGUGAAGAACAAAGUAGGAAUCUAUCAACAUGUCUGUCAAGGUCCACCUUGGCAUCGAUUUGCUCUGAAACUUGCGUGUACUGGGGUUAUUCUUCUUGCCCUGACUGUAAUUGGGUUGAGUGUUACAGUUUCUCCUUAUUUACUAGUGAUAUUCUUAGGACAAAAAUCACCAAUAGAAAAAAACAGUGUGGAUGUUCAAGAGAAAAGGAAUGAAACAACAGAGAGACCAAGUCCUUUAACGUGCCCAAUGCAUUGGCGUCUGCUCCAAGAGAAAUGCUUGCUUUUUUCUAAUAAUUUUAACACGUGGACUGACAGUCUAGCUGACUGUUCCAGACAAGAAUCCAGUUUGCUGCUUAUUCAAGAUCAGGAAGAAUUGAGACUCAUACAAAACCUGAUGGAUGAUAAUGGAGUUUUCUACGGUAUUGGAUUAAAUUUUACGUUACCAGAAAAGAAAUGGAAGUGGAUAAAUGGCUCUUCUUUAAAUUCUAAUAUAUUACAAAUCACUGGUGAUGCUAAAGAAAACAGCUGUGCUUUCAUCACACAGACAGCAAUUUUUUCUGAAGACUGUACUACAGAGAAUAAAUGGAUCUGCCAAAAAGACCUAAAACCCAUCAGAAAUUAGGAAUGUCCUGACUCUUGACUAUGCAUCCAAUCUCAGUUUGUUUACUUUCCAUUACACGUCUCUGUAAUUUUAACUGUAUAUACUGAUAAAAUGGCCUAAUGUACAUUUAGUGGCACAAAGUGAACACAUUUUGAGAAUUCUAAAACCAUUGUGAAUCUUACAGAAGUUAACAUCUAACCUACUCAUUCUACAACUGAGGAAACAGAUACAUAGAGAAAACAUGUAUCAUUUUAAAAGACAGUGAAUAUCUGUGGAAAGAAGCCCAGAUCAGCUGGGGUCAAUUGGUUUCUAAACCCGGCAUGUGUCUGGUCUCCAUUGAUCCUUGUUAUGCCUUAGCUCAUUUUCAGAAAAGUUGGAGUAAAUAAUGGUUUCUAAAGUCCUUUGCAUGGCCUAUGAUUUAUUUAUACCAUCGCACAACUGGGUUGUGGCAGAACACUGACUAAAGUGCAUUCUCUGGACUCAUAUCAGAGACCCAUCACUAAAGGAGUUUGGGAAGGAAACUUAAGUCUUCCCACCAUUUCAAAAUUUUUCCCAUUUUAAUUUUCUCAUUACUUUUAAAUUUUCUACAGAUCUCCAUCUCUUCAUGGCUCACACACAAGCUGAAUGAAAUAUGUAAUGAAAAAUUUCAUUAUUCUAAUGGAAAAUAAGUGAUAUAUUUUUAACUCUGCAGUUGGGGAAACUGAAGUAACAAAAGAGAAAUGUUUAUUUUGAUAGAUCUUUUGAGUGUUCACUCUUUAAAAUCACAUGCAAAACUUUCUAUGGAAAUCAAAUAAAUGAUAAUAUUGAAUUUACCUU